GGGUUUUUCAGGAGUCAUUCGCGCUUUCUCGUCUGAGGUUGAGCAGAGUUUGUGUUUCCGCAGCACAACGUGUCGCCGAGGAGAAGAUAAAACGUGUGUCUGGACACCUGCAGCCUUCUGUAGACGAGUUAACACCACACUCCUCCAGCAUGCAUGUGAUUAAACGAGAUGGCCGCCAAGAGCGCGUCAUGUUCGACAAAAUAACCUCUCGCAUCCAGAAGCUGUGCUAUGGCCUGAACUCAGACUUUGUCGAUGCGACUCAGAUAACGAUGAAGGUGAUCCAGGGUUUGUACAGCGGAGUCACCACGGUGGAGCUUGACACGCUGGCUGCAGAGAUCACUGCCACACUCACGACCAAACACCCUGACUAUGCCAUCCUGGCUGCAAGGAUCGCUGUCUCUAACCUGCACAAAGAGACCAAGAAGGUGUUCAGUGACGUGAUGGAGGACCUGUACAACUACGUGAACCCCUUAAACAAACGCCACUCCCCUAUGAUCUCCAAAGAAACACUAGACCUUGUUCUUGAGAACAAAGAUCGCCUUAACUCCGCCAUAAUCUUCGACCGAGACUUCUCCUAUAACUUCUUCGGCUUCAAGACUCUGGAGCGCUCCUACCUGCUGAAGAUUAACGGAAAAGUGGCUGAGAGACCACAGCACAUGCUGAUGAGAGUUUCUGUCGGAAUCCACAAAUCCGACAUAGAUGCAGCCAUCGAGACCUACAACCUGCUGUCUGAGAAGUGGUUCACGCACGCCUCACCUACCCUCUUCAAUGCAGGUACCAACAGGCCACAGCUGUCCAGCUGCUUCCUGCUAGCCAUGAAAGACGACAGCAUUGAAGGCAUUUAUGACACUCUGAAGCAGUGCGCCCUCAUCUCCAAAUCAGCUGGAGGAAUCGGCGUAGCAGUCAGCUGUAUUAGAUCGACAGGGAGCUACAUUGCCGGCACAAAUGGCAACUCAAACGGUCUUGUCCCCAUGCUGAGAGUGUACAACAACACGGCGCGUUAUGUCGACCAGGGUGGAAACAAAAGGCCCGGAGCCUUCGCCAUGUACCUUGAGCCCUGGCACUUUGAUGUGUUUGACUUCUUGGAGCUGAAGAAGAACACAGGAAAGGAGGAGCAGAGAGCCAGAGACCUCUUCUACGCCAUGUGGAUCCCCGACCUGUUCAUGAAGAGAGUGGAGAGCAACCAGGACUGGUCUCUGAUGUGUCCUAAUGAGUGCCCUGGGCUGGAUGAGUGCUGGGGGGAGGAGUUCGAGAAGCUUUACACCUCAUAUGAGAAGGAGGGGAGGGUGAAGCGUGUGGUGAAAGCUCAGCAGGUGUGGCACGCCAUCAUCGAGUCCCAGACAGAAACAGGUACUCCAUACAUGCUUUAUAAAGACGCCUGCAACAGAAAGACCAACCAUCAGAAUCUGGGCACCAUCAAGAGCAGCAACCUCUGCACAGAAAUCGUUGAAUACACCAGCCAUGAUGAAGUAGCCGUUUGUAAUCUGGCUUCCAUUGCGCUCAACAUGUAUGUCACCCCUGAGCGGACUUUUGACUUUAAGAAACUAGCAGAGGUCACCAAAGUUAUCGUCAAGAACUUAAACAAGAUCAUCGAGAUCAACUUCUAUCCUGUACCGGAGGCCGAGAAGUCAAACAAGCGUCACAGGCCGAUUGGUAUCGGUGUUCAGGGUUUGGCUGACGCCUUUAUCCUCAUGCGGUACCCGUUUGAAAGCCCAGAGGCCCAGUUGCUGAACAUUCACAUCUUUGAGACGAUCUACUACGCCGCCCUUGAGGCAAGCUGCGAGCUGGCUGCCGAGCUCGGCCCAUACGAGACUUACGAAGGGUCUCCGGUCAGCAAGGGGAUCCUGCAGUACGACAUGUGGGAGAAGAAGCCCACCGACCUGUUGGACUGGAAGCUGCUGAAGGAGAAGAUCGCCAAACAUGGCGUGAGGAACAGCCUGCUGCUCGCCCCGAUGCCCACCGCCUCCACCGCACAGAUCCUGGGCAACAACGAGUCCAUCGAAGCCUACACCAGCAACAUCUACACCCGCAGAGUCCUGUCUGGAGAGUUUCAGAUCGUCAACCCGCAUCUGCUCAAAGACCUGACGGAGAGGGGGCUGUGGAGCGAGGAGAUGAAGAAUCAGCUGAUUGGUCAUAACGGUUCCAUUCAGGAUAUUGAUGGGAUUCCUGACGAUCUGAAGCAGCUGUAUAAAACGGUUUGGGAAAUUUCCCAGAAGACCGUGCUCAAGAUGGCGGCUGACCGCGGCGCCUUCAUCGACCAGAGCCAGUCCCUGAACAUCCACAUCGCAGAACCGAACUACGGCAAACUGACCAGCAUGCACUUCUACGGCUGGAAACAAGGUCUGAAAACGGGAAUGUACUACCUGCGGACGAAGCCAGCCGCUAACCCCAUCCAGUUCACCCUGAACAAGGAGAAGCUGAAGGAGGCGCAGGAGCCGGCCAAGGCCUCAGAGGAGGAGAUCAAAGAGCGCAACAUGGCGGCCAUGGUGUGUUCUCUGGAGAAUCGAGACGACUGCCUCAUGUGUGGAUCUUAAACCCGAACACUUAAAGUUUAGUCUCUUUAGCGAGGGCGGCUGGGGAUUGAGUGUUACUGUGAUUUGAUGAAGUGUUGUGCCUCCAUGUUACACAAGUAUUUGUAACAUUUCUACUAAACAACUUGAGCAUUUUUCACUGUUCACACUCGUUUACACUGCUGUGAGCUCGUCAGAAUUUAUCUAAUUAAUUUUAUUAAAUUGUUCUCUCAACAAUGCAAGUACUUAACUAUGAAUGUGUUUAAUGAUGCAAAUAA